AUAUAAACUUCACUCAGGUUUUUCUUUAGGCCUAAAAUCUGAUGACAGCGAUUAAUGACCAUAUAUUGCCCGUGAAUCUCUCAAAUGCAGAUUGAUUCAUGAAAAACAACCAUUUUUUUUAUUAUUUAUUUAUUUUUUUUUCAACUAGACGCAAAGAUGAACAGAUUACAGUGUGUUGGAAGGCCCUCUGACGUUUCAUCAAAGGUUAAUGAACAGGAGGCUGCACCCAUAAAACCAGUGUGUGCCAGUUUAGCAGAUCCAGUGAAAAAACAAUCAGUGGACUGGAAACCAAAGCAACAGAAAUUAAAACCCAGUGGAAAGACAGAAGCGCAGAAUCCGUCUAUAAAUCCUAUACUCAAAGAACAAAGUGCUGAGAGCAGCCGAGGGUAUAGUGCCUCUCUAGCUCCGUCCUUCAAAAAUGUAACCACGCAUGGACAUAAACUACCUAAACAGUCUCCCCCUGUUAUGACAGAAAAACAAGCAACAUCUGAAGUCCAGUUAGGCAGUGAACAGGGACUACAGAUCCAGACCCCUCAAGCAGUGCUGUCUGAAAAUGACCAGGAUCCUCAUGAAGCACAAGGUGAAGAUGAAGAGUGUGAGGAAGCUGAAAAUGAGACAUCUGAAGGACACGUGCCGCUAGAAUUGUUUGCAGAGUUUCUACAGGCUGUGAUGACAAAGAAUUACCAACUUGCCAAGAAACUCUGUCAAAUGAUUCUUAUUUAUGAGCCCCAGAACUCAGAAGCCAAGAACUUCCUGCCUCUUAUUGAAGAGAAGUUACUGAUAGAAGCAGAGGAAGAAUCAGACAAUGAUAAUGAUGAAUCUGAUGAAUUUGACACGUCUGAUGAUGAUGAUGAAGAGGAUGAUGGCAGUGAUGAUGAUGAUGAUGAUGAUAAGUCUUCAGAUAGCUGUGACACAGAUGAAGAAUCCACUGACAGCACAGACGAUACAUUAUCAUCUUCAUUAUCAUAAACAAGCAAAAAAACAAAUGAUCUAGCAGAGUGCCUUUCCCACAUUCUAAAGCACACAUGCUAUUGUUGUGGUAUUAUUUUCAUAUCAAAUAAUAUUGUCUUUUGCUCAUAUACAUAAUGUGACGUGUUGAGGACCUCAUAUAUGCACAUUUAUUAAAAAAAAUGAUUGACUUUC